GCAACACCUGAUCAACUGAAUGAAGAACUUCGAGCUGUUAUAAAGAAGAUCUGGAAGCAUACAAGUCCAAAGUUACUUGAUCAGGUCGUUCCUCCAGCUGGUAGUAACGAUGACGUCACUGUUGGGAAAUUCUAUGCCACUUUUCUCAUUCAAGAGUGGUUCCGGCGGUGGAAAUUGAAGAAGGCUGAAGAACACAAACAUCUCCCAUAUGGUCAGGUAGGUGGCCUUGAUACUUGGAAAGUUCCAGUUGUUCGGUUGAAAACACUUUAG